UCUUGUCGCGGUGCGGAGUGUGGUAUCGUUUAUUCUGGGACUGGGACUGUCUGAAGUCAAGACCUUAAAAAUGGUGUUCACUGACAAUAUUACAACCAUUCUAGGUGUUACAGUGUUUGUUAUACUAGUUAUACGUUUAUACAUUAGGAUAACUCAGAGAUUCGCCCCGGUUGAAAAUUGUACUAUGGAGGGAAGGACAAUCAUUGUCACCGGAGGAAGCAACGGUAUAGGAAAGGCAACUGUCAAACUCCUUGCUGCAAAGAGAGCAAGAGUUAUCAUUGCUUGCCGGAAUGUUGAGAAAGGGGCUGCAACUCGGGAUGAAAUCAUUGCUGCUACCGGUUACGCAAACAUAUCUGUGAAGAAGCUUGAUCUCUCCUCGCUCCAAUCUAUACGCAACUUUGUGAAUGAGUUCAAGCAAGAGGAACACAGACUGGAUGUCCUAAUCAAUAAUGCUGGAAUACUUGCUCCCGCAAGAAAGACUAUAACAGAAGAUGGAUUGGAAUUGACGUAUGCCACAAAUCACUUUGGACCUUUUCUUCUCACAAACCUACUCCUUAAUUUCAUGAAGCAGUCUGGUCCUGGUCGAAUCAUCAAUGUAACUUCUGUUGUGUAUGCGAUGGGUAACAUUGACUUUGAUAAUCUUUGUGCGGAGAGGAGUUAUAGCAGCUAUACAAUCUAUGGGCACACCAAGCUAGCUAACAUCCUAUUCACCAGAGAACUGAGCAAAAGACUCGAGGGUACAGGUAUAACUGUUAAUUGCCUCCAUCCCGGUACUGUAAGGACAUCUCUCCUCAACUACAGACCAGAACUGAAAAUUAUCUCUUUCAUCUUUGGAUCUCUAUUUUGGAAGGAUCCCGAGGUGGGUGCACAGACAUCUCUCUACUUGGCCGUAUCAGGAGAGGUCAACGGGGUCACCGGUCAGUACUUUGAUAAUUGCCGUCUUGUCGUUCCAUCAGCAAAAGCAAGGGAUGAUGGUGUGGCGAGGAAACUUUGGGAGGUUAGCGAAAAACUAACCGGUCUAAUACAAUGAUUGGAGUUUAAUUUUUCAGUUGAGUUUAUGAUGCAUGUGAAUGUUCACUCAUCAGGAUUGAUCUUAAUUUUUGUAUCAGUUUAUUUUUGUAUGUUUGCUUUAAAGAAAAUUAGUAAAAUGAAUGAUGGCAGUGAUCAGAGAGACAAUUUGCAGUUUUCAACAGAGAGCUCUAAUAAUUACAUGGAGUGUAAUUUUAUUUGUGAACUGAUCGUCAAUUGAAAAUCUACAUUUUCAUAAGUGAAGAACAAUCCUCUAUUCUUCGCUAUGAGCUAUUCUACAAUUACUUGACUUCCUGAGUGUUAGAAAUCAACCCAAUUAGGAACACUCCUGUUAAUAAUGUUCAAAUACUGUUUCAUGAAAUUCAAGUUUAAAAAGUAAAUCUCUGAGUAUUCUCCACCUUUCUCAUUACAUGUGUUCAUAAUCGCUGUUUAAAAUAGAAGUUGCUCAGUAACUUUGAUAUCUUUGCCUUCGUUAAAGUUGAUGUCAAUACCUUUGUUAAAGUUGAAGUUAUUGUUUUUUUUUCUCCUACAGUGAAGCCUCAUUUGAGAACUAUUUUUCUUUUGAAAAAUAUUUUUUUCAAUAUCCUUAGUCAAGAUCUAGGCUAUGUUUCAAAUCAAUCAUAUCUUCCUCUGACUCAAGACUCAAGACACUUAUUAAAUUGUUUCAUUUUUAAUUAUCGUUAACAAAGAAAAAAUAUACAUAGAAUUUGGGGUACAAUUUGUCAAUGUGUAAAGGGUAAUGUGAUCACAGAUUGCCUCAUAUUUCAGCCAGAAUCCUUCAUUUUCACCCUACUCUAUAACUCAUCAAAAUUCCUUUUUUAAAUAUUUUGUUCCCUUGUGUUGAUAAUGGCAGUUUCAAAUUUUUGCAUUAUUUUCUGAUCUAUAGGUGAAACAAUUUUUGCUCUUGUUCAUUUAGUAGAAUUUCAAACAGGGUUUUGUAGCACGAGAAUAUAUUUUGCCAGUUGUAUUUGUCAUCUUAUUAGAUUUAAAAUAAUUGCUCACCUUGAGAGAAUGUCUGUCAACAAAGGAUAAAACCUUGUUGGUACAUAAUAAUUGUAAUCCCCUUCCUCAUAUUUAUUCACAUUAUGGACUAGACUAUGGUCUAGAAUAUCACUUGGGUCCGACAAAGACUUGUCUUCUGAUAUCACAAAGGCUUGGUAGUAGUGCUCAUUAAAGUUUUCAGUCACUCCAAUGCUGGACAAAGUUUUAUGACCACAUGAUUUGUUCAAUGCUAGCAAAAUUUGGUAAUUCACCACUCCAUUCUGUAAGAAGCAUAACAUUUGGUUUAUAACUGUAACCAUUAAUUUCCACAUGUCCACAGACUGCAACUUCUCUAUCAGAUUCACAGUCACAUAAGAAUAUUUAAUGCAACACCACUAAGAAGAUAGGCCACUGACAAAUAUAUAGAAAUCUCAAUUAUGAAUAAAACCAUUAAAUGCACACUAACAAUUAUUAAUGUUAUAUAAUCACAAAUAUACAUUUGUUUUGGUUUUGGUUAAUUUGUCCAGUGAAAGGCAAUGGCAUACCUCAAGAUUUUGAAAGAAUUUGCAUCAUGAAAUCAGGCAUUGUGUAAAACGUUUCAUCAAAUCCAAAAUACACUGUACCUAGAUUUUUUAAUGCAAAUUUUUUUUCAAGCAUGUAUGACAUUCAAAAUAUAUCUAAUAAAAAAGAAAUACUCAUUAAAAAUAUCAUGAAAUAUUGUUCAAAUGCUUAUGAGUUUCGUACAUAACAAUUAUUGUCACUCAAGUCCAGACUUCGAGUCUCUUCUCAGCAUUUUAAAGUUAAUAGAAAAUAAGCAUAUUCCUGUAUACAAAAUGAGUCCAGAGGAAGUUUGAUAUUUCUUUCCUUUUCACAUAUGUUGACACUGCAGAUUUUUAAGUCUGUUAAAGUCAUCUGAUUUCUUUCGUGUCCACAAGUUCAACAUUUUAAUUGGCACUUUUAUCUUGACUCGUUCAUCUUCAUCCAUGGCGCAAUUUGGUACAUAGUCCUUACCGGUGGUGUCUAUUUAUUAAUGAUGGCGUCCAUUCAAUUAAACAAAAACUUCUGUGUUGGAAUGCAAUACCCGCGUUAAAAUUUCUAGUGGUCAAAAGGACUUUUGAACAUUUCACUACAAAGCACUUAUGUAGGCAGAGCAUGUUGUACACUUACUAUUUAUCACAAAGAAAAGUGAAAUGGGUAACUCCUCCAAAAACAUUAAAACAAUGAUUCCUUGCACUGAAAAUUGUAGGUGGCUCCAGGUUCACACCUAAUGCAUUCAUUUGAAACAAAUCACAAAAGCACAAAUCCUUCAUGGCAUUGAUAUUUAAGCGUUCACAAAGGUUGACUGGCACUGAUGUCUAUCACUCCCUUUGACACGGGUUAUCGAUUUGUAAUUUCCUCAAGUAUUGGUGAUGUGUCGUCUGCUAUGAGCACUAUGUCAUCUUCCCUCAGAUUGCGCUGUGGCUGAAGCCAACGUUGUCAACUCUGGAGGUCGGCCAGAUAUUCCCUCACCCAUCUUCUCCACAAGACAUCUGCGAUGUACUGGACUUGCCUUCACUUUUGCUGGUCGUAGACAUCUUUGGGGGUUGAACUUCCCAGGAGGCGGGGCCAUUCUUUCCAGGCUUCCUUGGGUGGGUCACAGAAUGAUGGAGAAUAUACCAAACUCUCCUUGUUGCCAUGUAUGUCUGCUUCAGGCACCUUAUCAGCAUACCUCUUAGACUAAAGCUUAUUCAUGAAUUCUGUGUAAUGUCCAUGUAACUCCUCACCUUUCAGCAACCUCUUCUUGAGAUGAUUUGCAUAGCCAACAGCUUGAGUGUAGUUGUUAGGUACCUCCUUAUUUUGGUCUUUGAAUGGUAAUUCCAUUUGAUAGUGCCCAGAUUCCUUGACAGUAGAAUUAUCCAUAAUUUUGAGGAAAUGUUCACCUGGAGUCACUCAAUCGUUCACUGAACUCAAAGUUGCAGAAGGCUUUGACUUUCUGCUCCAAGUCUUGAUGUGCUUCAAUGAACUGAACCCCUUCCUGCUCUUCAUGCCUACAGAAGAAUGACUGGACCUUGUCAGCAAGUCUAGUUUUUUGUAUGCCAUAAAUCAGCCAGCCAAUUGGGGUCUGUACUGCGUAGGGCUGAUCAAGUUCUCCUCGUUGAACUUGAAUAGGUGUAGUGGCUGCUGGUACAUUCAUACCAACCAUCAGUGUCACCAUGGGUAUGCAGUCAACAGCUUGAAUCUCUGGCAAUUCCACUGUGACAGUAUCCCUCAUGUGUUCCCACAUGUCUAUUUCUUGUUGGGAAGGCGCAUCUUGAAGAGUCACCGGGAUCUUGCCUUUAAGAUAGACAGCUGGAAGAUCAAUGAAGCCUUCCUCUUCAUCUACUCCCACAAUUUGCAGAUCAUGUACUACUUAUUUGUCCAUGGUAUCUUCUGAAUUCAGAGUCCAUACUACAAGUCUUUUUUUCUUUGUUUCUGACUUCAAUUGUCAUUAAGCCCUGGAUCUUGAAAUACAGCCCAACAGCUAUUGUCCACAACAGCGUUAUGUUGCUACCUUCUUCCCACUUCCUUCCUUUUCACGAAGACAGGUAUUAUGGUCAUUGCUGCAUAGUUCUUGGUGUGGAGUGCGUGUGUAGUCGCUGGCACUUAUGGUUUUCUUGCUCAUCAGGUUCGUUCUUGUCUACAUGUGCCUUCUGUGUUAGAUCAGGGUCAUGUAGGAGAGUAUUGUGCUUUAGUCCACAAUCUUUGCACUUGAUCUGGCUUUUGCAAUUUGUUUUGAUAUGACCACCUCUUAUACAUCUCAAACACAGUCCCUUCUUCUUGCAAAUUUCUGCUCUUUCUUUAACAGGUAGUAUCUUGAACUUGCUGCAGUCUUCAAUAAUGUGGCUGCCAUUAAUUCCACACAUUGCACAGCUCUUUCUAUUUUUUGUUGGCGUCUCUUGUGCAGCUUGGACACCAAAGACCUUGAUGGGUGCCCUUUCAUUUAGAUUCUUUUCCUUUUGGGAUGAUGGUCUUCGGUAGCCUAGGCCUUCUACUCUUGGAUCGUUCUGGUUCCUCGCCAGUCGAGCCACAAAGUUAUACAAAUCUUCCAAAAUUAUGUCCCUGUUCUCUCUUUCUCUGAUUAAGCCAACUUGGUUCACCCAUUUAUGUUGAAGAGGAAUGGGUAAUUUUCCUGCUAGGGUUUUCAUGUAUUCCACACUGUCCAUUUGGCAGAGCUCUUUAGAUCUCUUCACAUGACAGCAGUUUCCCAAGAAGAUGGAAAACAUCCUUAUGUCUUGUGAAUCUCCCGCAACCAAAAAAUUACUUUUUUUCUUUCCAGGGCUCUUUUUGGAGAAACUUAAGAAUUUUCCAGGGCUACUUUUUCAUUUUCCAGGGCUCUUUUUCCACUUUCCAGGGCUACAAUUUU